CUUCGCCGCUCUCGUUUUGAAUCAUUAGGAACAACGUACAACAGAACAUCCAACACUUUUAUAUCUUUCUCUCUGUUCCUUGUUUUUUUUUUUUUGCCAGUCCUGAUGACGCGUUUUAAUGGCGGCUGAACCUUGAAAUAUUAUGCCUCUCUAGUUUUUCAUUCAUUCAUUCAUUCCUUUUCCUUUUCCUUUUUUUAUUUUUUUUUUAUUUUUAUGUUUAGUUUUGUUUCAUAAACUUCAAACCAAUAGUCCCUACAAAUGUUUUUCAUCUGCUUUCUCUUCUCUUUCGCUCUCUCUUUCCUGUUCUUUUUAUUUUCUUUCUACUAUAAGAAAAGGCUCCAUAAGCAACAACAUCCACAAGACGAACAAGGAAAAUCCCAGAAUGAACCGGCCCUUUCCAACCCUUCUCUCUCCCAUAAAAAUGCCCAAACUCGGGAAAGCGAUUCCACCCAUUUUCCUCAUUCGCUUCUGCUAGAGAUCUUGCCUCCUGAUUCUACACAAUGGGCUGAUUUGUUUACAGGUGAAAGCCAUCCCAGGGAAGAAACGAGGCCAGUUGGGUCGGUUGGAGAAGGGGACCUGUUUGAAUCUCAAAGCGCGAAGAAGAAAAAGAAAAGAGGAAAGAAGAAGAGAUUGGAUUCCAAAGGCGAAGAAGAAAAUGAGGAAGACAGAAAGAAAAGGGAAGAACCAGGUCAGAGUUGUUCGGGUUCUCGGGUCAAGCCCCAGCUGGUUUGUUUGUACCCUUUUACAUCAACGAGUAGUGCAACGCAAAGGAAGAUCAAGCAGCAAUACGAUCAGCUUGUUAAGUGUCAUGGAAACAAAGGAUUGACAUUAGCUCAGGUUGGAGAAUUUGCUAAUUGCUUGAUUGAGGCCAGAAAUGAUCUGCAACACAAGUCUGAGGUCAUCAAACGUAAGUUUACAAUAACAAAGGCUCUGCUAUUUAAAGCGGAUCGAUCUUCAUUUGAUCGCCUGAGGCAGCAGAUAUACAAGCUUGAAAUGGAACAGAAGAGAUUAGAAGAGGAUGCAUUUGUCUAUAAUUGGCUGCAAGAGCAACUUAAACUAUCACCGGCAUACAAGAAGAUGCUUGAAAUUGGUGCUUGCAUGGAGUUAAAGGCCAAGUCUGGUGAGCAGAUGGAAGGUGCAGAUACCGAAAUUUCUGACAUUUCCUUUGAGGAGCUAUUAGCUCAGGAAAAGAAGGAUUCAUUUUGGCAGAAAAAUGGGAAUUCGAGACUAAUCUCAAAUUGAUGACAGUACUUGUUCAGCUAACCCUACUACGGAACCAAUCCACUUUUUGCAGUAUUAAUCAUCAAUUCCUAAUACUAAAAAUGUUUCAUAGUUUUUAUAGCAAAAUCGUUUUCAUAACUUUUCCAUUUUAUAUAACCCUACAGAAUGACGCAGCUCUGAUGCUUGAACAAUGUUUAGAUGAACUGUCAGCCCUCUGCUAGAACUGAGUGCAUACACCAACUUCAGAGGCUAUGCGCUUUGUAAUCUUUAUACAUGAUCUUUGUUAGGAAGUUGAGUUUGUGCUUAGAGAGAUUGAAAGGCUAUGAAUAGAAGGGAAGGUGUUAUUGUAGAUUUUAUUUUAUUUUUUGAAAAUAUAUUACUGUUGAUUAUGAAGAAGAUUAGUACGUAAUAAAUCUUAUAUCUACUAGUGAAUGUUGAUGAUA